AUGGCCGACCUCCCCGCGCUCCUCCUCGGCCCGGGGCGCCGGCGCGCCGCGACGUGCGCCGUCGUCGGGAACAGCGGCAUCCUCCUGGGGUCCCGCCGGGGCGCGCAGAUCGACGCGCACGACCUCGUCAUCCGCCUCAACAACGCCCGCGUCGCGGGCUUCGCGCGUGACGUCGGCGCCCGGACGGGGAUCUCCUUCGUCAACUCCAACAUCCUCCACCACUGCGCCGUCCGCUCCGCCGUCACCACGCCCGGAUGCGGCUGCCACCCCUACGGCCGCGCCGUCCCGCUCGCGAUGUACGUCUGCCAGCCCGCGCACCUCCUCGACGCGCUCAUCUGCAACGCCACGGCCACGCCGGAGUCCCCGUUCCCGCUCCUCGUCACCGACGCGCGCCUCGACGCGCUGUGCGCGCGCAUCGCCAAGUACUACUCGAUGCGCCGCUUCGUGGCCGCCACGGGGCAGCCGCCCAGCAACUGGACCCGGAGCCACGACGAGAGUUACUUCCACUACUCGUCGGGCCUGCAGGCGGUGGUCAUGGCGCUCGGGGCGUGCGAGGAGGUCAGCCUGUUCGGGUUCGGGAAGGCGCCUGGGGCCAAGCACCAUUACCACACCAACCAGAAGAAGGAGCUCGACCUGCACGACUACGAGGCUGAGUACCAGUUCUACCGCGACCUCCAGGAACGGCCGGAGGCGGUGCCGUUCCUCGACGAGGCGCCGGGCUUCAAGGUGCCGCCGGUGAAGCUCUACUGGUGA